GCCGCGAGAAACAUUAAUGAUACGCUAUCAUUAUUUCCACAUAACAAGGAUAUUUGCUGUCAUAGAAUUUGUAUUUUGCCCGUUUGUGGAUCCCUGUGGUCAUGUUAUUUCUCUUACCGAGUCCUCCGCGGCAAUUACGCAAUUUCAAGAUGGCCGCCGAUAUAUGAAAACAUAUCGUAGGAGAAAGGGUAAAUAUCCCCUUUCCAAACCCUCGCAAUGGCUGCAAUAGAUGACGCCUGGACUCGAAUAUUCGAUGUAUCCAAUCCGCGAAAGUCUUACGCAGGGCACACGCUUUAUCGAGUUGCCUCGAAGGUUUUUCCCAAGGAUUUUCCAGAAGCAGUAACAGAGGUUGUGGUUUGGAAGCGUUACAGCGACUUUAAGAAGCUCCACAGAGAACUUCUUCACAUUUAUAACCAACAGAAACACUCCACAAGUUUUCCCACAUUCCCAAAGGCCAAAUUUUUUGGGCGUUUUGAUGAGGGAGUCAUUGAAGAUCGGCGUCAACAUGCUCGUGAGCUGCUCAAGUUUGUUGGAAAUGUUUCUAGCCUGUUUACAAGUGCGCCAUUUGUCAAGUUUUUUGAGGGUGGCAUCCCCAAAAGCCCCUCUUCCAGGACACCAAGUUUGUCGGGUAGUGAUUGUACUCCAGAAGUGGAACCAGAAAACAGUGCUGUGCCUACCCCCAAAGAGGAGAAGAAAGCAGAAGAUAAAGACCUACUUGAGGUCGGGGGAGUAUGGCUUUGCAAGCAGCCCUCAAUGGUCGAGGGCCUGGACAUGGCAGGUACUGGGGAAGACCAAGCAGGCGACAAUAGACGGCCGGAAACCCCUGACACAGACCUCCAGGGUACAGCACUAGAAGUACCCAUCGAGGUACAGACAAUGAUCACUAGGACUACUGAUACAGACAUGGCUGAGGGUGACCUCAACUCCGGAAUUCCUGCUGAGGAGGAUAUGGCAGAUAGUGACAGCUGUGGAUCUGACGAUACAGGGAGUUCUGCAUCUGAGCCAACACCACAGUGGUUGCAGCGUGCCAUUUCGCUUUGCAGCGAGGGGGAAGAUAUUGAGGUGCUUGCGGCUGCAGCUGAUGAAGACGAGCUGUUUGGAGAGUUGGAGUACCCAAAGGCUUUCUCGGAUGUAGAGGAAGAUGAUCUUGGCAGUCCUCUUCAUCUCAGUUAUAAAAUUCACGACUCCAGUUCAGAGAAUUUCGCUGACAUAUCUCAGGAUGACCUAGAUAAUUCCAUUUUAUCAAAUGGGUCAGAUGAAGCCCUGCACAAAGAUGGAAAGUCAGGAUCCCAACAAUCUCAGACUAAAAUUUCAAGUGAGGAAAAAUUCCAGGGACAAACUAAAUUAACCAAGAAUAACUCUAGAAAUGGACAUUCAGAAGAUACAGAACUAUCUGUUAUGAAUCGUCCUGAUACGAUACCUCCUUCAAAAAGUGAUACAGAUUUAAACUCCUAUUCGAAGGAUGCACACUCUUCAUUAGAGUCAGACAGAGUCAGUACUCCCCCAGAAGGGAAGUCGUGUGUCAUAACUACUCAUGAUAUUGCGGAGAUGACCAGCAAUGGUGAAUCCGAUUAUUUGUUUGUUGCUGCACAUACAAUACGUAAAGCUUUGGAUUGUGAAGUGAAUGGGAGGUAUGAGGAAGCCUUCAAUCUCUACAGGGCUUGUGUCAGCCUGUUGCUGAGUGGUGUGCAAGGGGAGCAAGAUGUAAAACGUCGUGAUGCAGUUCGUCGUAAGACCGCUCAGUAUCUACUGAAAGCUGAAGCCUUGUAUACGGCAUAUGUACAUGACUUACAGAAGAGCGAGGCAUCCAGUGAUCAAGACCAAGACAAACCGAACCACGUGGUUACUGAGGGGCCGUCCCACACCCACAUGACUUCACCACAGGGUGCCCAUAAGUACAAGAGCAUCACACUGUCGAAUUUAAAGGUGAUUGGGAUUACUGGAAAGGUUAUGCUGGUGGAAAACCCUGAUAUAAGCGAAACAUUUAUAAUGAAGGUUCUUCACAAGUCUGAGGGACAUAAUUCAAGAAGAAGCUCAAAGAGUCAUGAUCACAGAAAAAGAAAGCUUCUAAAGCGUGCUUAUGCAACAUGCCCAUUUAUGGUUCGCUUGUACAGCCAUUACGAGACGGCCAACUCGAUUUUCCUGUUGCUUGAGCAUGCGCGUGGAGGUCGACUCUGGGACUACCUGUCAGGAUUCAUUCGUCCUAUAGAGUCUCAACAGUAUGUUCUAUCCACGACAGACUCCCAGGAUGCUGUGCGCACCAACAGCCUUGGCGAUGACUUGGACAAAGUUAACUUGGAGGAAUGUGUGGGGAAUGAUCUAGACGUUAAAUUCCCUCAGAGUCGUUAUUCAAGGACACCUUCCCCUAUUCCUGGAAAUAGUUCUGGACAUUCCAAGAACACUACUAUUAGAAGUAGAAAUGGUGUUAGCAGUGGUACAAAUAAGACAGAGGGUACAGAGUCCAGAAAGGGUUCGUCGCUGUUUGCACGUCUCGAUGAAUACUUCAACUCCUCCCCCUGUCACGUUCCCGAGGAGUACAUUCGCACGUGGAUGGCUGAGGUUGUGCUGGCACUGUCCCAUUUACAUUCCACCGGCAUUAUUUGUAGGGACCUCAAUCCUCACAACCUGCUGCUGGACGAGUCAGGUCACAUUCUUCUCACGUACUUUAGCGUUUGGGACGAGGUAGAGAGGCAUGUGGAUGAGUCAGCACGUGAACAACGAUACUGUGCUCCGGAACUGUCUUCACUUGAGGAGGUCAGGGCAUCCGCUGACUGGUGGAGUGUGGGCGUACUGAUGUAUGAGCUCCUCAUGGGCAAGACCUUUGUCCAUACUCAUCCAUGGGGAUUUCAUUCUCACUCUGAAAUCACUUUCUCUGAACAUAUCUCUAAAGAAGCUAAAUCUCUAAUCCGAGAGCUUCUGAGAGUCACACCUUCAGAAAGACUAGGUUCUGGUGUUAAUGGUGUGGAAGAUAUCAAGUCCCAUCCAUUCUUUGCUGAGGUCAAUUGGAGAACUUUGGGAUUAUUACAUACUUCACCAAGAUGACAAGCACAGCAAUUUUAAAUUGAUAGAAAUUUAUAAAAUAUAUACAUAGCUAUUUUGUCUCUAAAUAGAUUAGGAGUUAUGUACAGAAUACGGAUAUAGAAUACAAAAAUAAACAAAUGUAGAACAGUGUUUUGUGGAACCUCAGCAGAGAGACUGAAUUGGAGUUAAUCUGUGCAUGUAAUAAUAUGUGCAGUGACUAUUGCCAUGGUAUGACAUCUUUUGUGCAUCUUUAAGAUGGCAAAUGCUCUAAAAAUGAAUAUAUAUAUAUAUAUAUGGUUGUUUUAUAAACAAUUACCAACACAUAAGCACAAUCUGCUGAUAAACACUUGCUUUUUUAUGUUAUUUGCAAAUAAUAAAUGGUAAGAUGGACA